AUGGAGAAUUUGAAGUGGAGCAGCCAGGAAGAUGAUAGCUUUCCAUCAACAAGCAACAUUCCCCAAAUAAUGAAGAGGCGCAGGACAGAUUCAUUUGUCUUGUACAUCCGAAAGGUGAUGAAAGAGGUGAACCCAGAUCUAAGCAUCUCUUCCGUGGCCUUAGAAUUGUUGGAGACAUUUAUCAAAGGCAUCUUUGAGCUUAUUGCUAGACAGGCAGGCCGUUUGGUUCGCUAUAAGAAGAAACAUACGUUGUCGGAGGAAGAUCUCGAAAUGGCACUUUGUUUUCUACUUCAUGGGAAGCUGGCAAAGUAUGCCAUGAAUGAAGGCAACAAGGCUAUUAUCAAUUACAAGUCCAGUUUAGGUACUAUGUAA